ACGUCCCCUCAUUUUCAAAAUCUCGUUUCAGCCAAUCCAAUGGCUUCCUCCGCGCCCUCUGCACCACCAGCGCCCGAGUCCUAUGCCCAGCAGGAUCACGCAUUCACUGCUACUCCUCCGGGUGACUAUACCCUCCACCACCAACACCACCACCAGCCGCCUUCUUCUAUGGCAGAACACGGGAAGGAAGGUAAAUUUUUUGGUGGGUCCUCUGGUUUUCCACCGGAGACGAAUCCAAAUGUGAUUAGGAGCUUUCAGACUGUGGAUAGGGACUCCAGUGGAUAUAUCGAUGAGAAUGAGUUGCAACAAGCCCUCUCUUCUGGUUACCAGCGGUUUAACAUCAGGACUAUUAGAUUGCUGAUGUUUCUCUUUAAGAAUCCACGCGAUGCUCUGAGAAUCGGGCCAAAUGAAUUUGCUGCAUUAUGGAAUUGUCUUGGCGAAUGGCGUGCAACCUUUGAGAAAUAUGAUAAAGACAGGAGUGGGAAAAUUGAUUUUUUUGAACUUAGAGAUGCUCUAUAUGGGCUUGGGUAUGCAAUUCCUCCUUCUGUUCUACUAGUUCUGUAUUCCAAGUACGAUGAUGGUAGUGGCAGAAACAUUGAACUCAAUUUUGACAGUUUCAUUGAAUGUGGGAUGAUUGUGAAGGGUUUGACUGAAAAAUUUAAGGAGAAAGACUUGCGAUACAGUGGUAUGGCAACAUUUAAGUAUGAUGAAUUCAUGUCCAUGGUCAUUCCAUUUCUUGUAUCAUACGAUUAGUUGUAAAUGAAUCUUUGAUUUCUAGUAUC